AAAACACAGAGGGAAGAUAUGUGCUUUGAAUGGUGUUCUAUGAUACAAAUGGCUACUUUCACUUGGAUUUACACAAUGUAGCAUGCUUGGCACACUUGAUUUUGGAGGAUUUUUUUAUAGGAUUGUUUCGAAACAUUGUCACAGGAAGCACAACAUAUGUAACAACGUCAAUUUAAAUGUUUACAUAGACAUUAUUACGAUAUAUGUGUACUUAAAAUGCAGUUUGAGUGCAUUUACACAUUUGGUACGCAGUUAAAACAGCUCACUGUGUGUUGUUUUCACGCAACUGAACCUUUUGUAUGGAUCUAUUUACCCCACAUUUUAAAGCGGUAAUAACUUGCCUGGGCAUGCAUCGUUUCCCCCACCUAUCGGCAGCAGCACCUGCAGGAGGACAAACAGCAUCCAAACUUGUUGUGUGAUUUAUUCCUCACGUCAACUUUAAUAUUUAACCAAAGUCCGAGUGUAUGUGUGUGUGUGGCUGUAAAACUGACUUGUUACACCUGCACGAGGCUGCAUGUUAACGCCGAUCCACAUGCUUAGAAAUCGGCCGUAUUAACAAUUAAUAUUGGACAUCCGGUGGCACUGCCAGCUGCGCCCCAUUUUUAUUGUUGUCUUGCGCUGAGAGGAACCCUGUUGUCUCUGCUGGAGACUCCGCGACGCGUGGUGGCUGCUUUUUGGGGCUGGAGGCUGAGCGCUUCAGGGAUAGACAUGUGAGAGGAUCUCCACCCUCUCAACUCUCAACCUUCGGCAGAAUUCACUUGCACCGACGUUGCAACCGCGACCUGAAACCCGCCUGCCUCGGGCAUGCCUCAGCCGGGCAUGAAUGGGAUGGAGCCUGCGUUCGGCGAGGCGUACGGGGGGCACCGGGGUCUGCUGAGCCCCCACCCUCUGGCCAUGUCACCACAGGGGGGCCGCACCGAGUACGACCAGAGCAUCCUCCUCAUGCUGGGCUCCCCGGCGUCUCCUAGAAAACGUCCCUUUGAGCUGCUCAGCGACCUGGUGGACGACGGAGGAUUCGGAGAAGAUCUCCUGCUCCCCGAGCGCUGGGACGUCUCCGCGCUGGACGAGAUGGCCCGAUACACCCGGCUGGGCCUCGGGGUGGGGGGGGAGCUGCUGGCCUGCUCCGAGGAGGCGGUGCUGAUGAACCGCUGGGAAGAGGAGGAAGAGGAGGAGGAAGAGGAGGAGGAGGAAGCUGUACAGGCAGGGAGGGAGGAACUUCUUCCUGUUUCCACAACCGAGAGGGAUUUAAGUGUUGCUGGGAAAGAUGGAGGAGUUUCUAAGGAGGUGUAUCAGGUGGCGCAGGAGGAAGAGGAGGCGGCGGCCGCAGGUUUGGCGUUGGAGCAUUGCAGCGAAGAGCAUAAUUACUCUCUGAGCAAGGGGGAGGAGCUGGGGGCGGGGCCUAAUAUCCCCCAAUCAGAAAGGGAGGAGGUGCAGGAGGAGGAGGAGGAGGAGCAGGAGGAGAGACAGGAGAAGACCGCGAUACAUCUGGAGGAGGAGGAAAAGGAGGACGAAGAGGAGGAGGAAGAAGAGGAAGAUGAGGAGGAAGAGGAGGAGACGGCGGUGGAAGCUGAGCUCUCCAGCUCCUCAGAAACUGAAUGUGAGGUGGAGGCGGAGCCUGUGAGGCAGGCGGGCGAGCGUCCGUCGAAGCGUCGAUGUUUUUGGGAAUAUCGCCGCGCUCGAGAGUCGGCCGCCAAGAAGAAGCUGGGCGGAGACGUGCACUGGUCUCUGUCCUGGAGCUCCAGCACGCUGCCCAGCACCCUGUACCGCAGAGAGGGUAAAAAAGGGCGUCGUAAAGCUCGUAAGACGGACGCCAGCGACCUGACUCCGAACCCCCAGAAGCUGCACAACAUCGGGGAGCAGCUGCAGAAACUGAACGCUGCCAUCGAGGGCAUGGAGCCCGUCAACGAGCUGCCGGCUGGCGCGAGGGCGCGGAGCCGCAAGGAGAAGAACAAGCUGGCCUCCAGGUACCACACUCACUGCCCACUGACAUUGACUACUUGUUGCUAUCCUAUUGUGGCAUAAGCCGUUUUCAGAUUUUACCGGCGUAUUUUUCAUUAUGAUUCUACUUGUGAUAGUCGGACAUGGCAACCUGUGCAGCCCAUGUAUUGAUUCCAUCCGAAGUGUGUGGUUGCGUUCUAAGCACUUUGCUCAGCGCUACUGCUUGUUACAUUUUUUGUUUGCUGUACUCGCCAUGAACUGUUAUUGCUCAAGUUAAUCUCGCCCGCCCCCUCCGACGUAAGCGUGAAGUCUUGGUUCUUGGUUCUUUCCGGGCAGCCGAGUGGGGCCAGCUAAGAGCCGGUGUCGGUACCAGAUGUGUUCGGGGGCCGUCUCUUACCAAUGACGUCACGCAUUGUACGCAUUGUGAUUGGCUGUACGGUAAUUUUCCCAGGGGUGCUCGGGGACAAAUCACAUCUACAGAUCAUGACGAACCAAAUUGAAGUAUUCUUAUACUCCUAGCGUGUGAAAAUGUUUGUGAAAAACAUGUUAAAAAAACAUGAAAACGGAGCAAUGACUGUACGCCACUGGCUGUACGGCAACUCAAGAGGACCAUCAUACACGGUCAAAUUCCGAACAUUUAAACACAGCCUACACUUCAUUCUUUACUUUGUCCGUUAUUAGAAGAUAUUACUUUUUUC